AUGGCUAUUUCCGAUAUGCUGAACCGUCGUGUGCGGGCACGGCCUGCUGAUGAGGACGAUAUCUACUCGGAGCAGUCUGACGCUGCCGAGGAAGUCUCUCAGGAUGAAGGCGAAGAAGAGGGAGACUCCGAUGCCGAGUCCCAAUCUGAGGAGGGCUCGGAACAAUCCAACGCCCCAGAAGAUGACAACUCAGACGGCUCAAACAGCGCGGCCGAAGAUGAAGAAUCCUCAGAAGAUGAAAACGACGACAUCAAAACCUCUUUAAGCAACAUUUCUUUCGGUGCACUCGCCAAAGCCCAAGCUUCAAUGGGCCCCAAAAAGCGCAAAGAGAAGUCUUCCAAAGAAGAGGCUUCACCACUCGAUGACAUCCGCGCCCGCAUUCUCGAAGCCCGCGAACAAAAGCGCCUCGCUGCCGAGAAAACCGAAUCCAAAGAUAAAAAGGAUAAAAAGGAUAAGAAAGCCGCGCGUGCCAACAAGCAUGCGCCCAUGGAACAAUCAUCCAAGCGCGCUGUCUCCCGCAGACUAGUUGUCGUCGAGCCUCCAUCGCACGCCAAAGCGCGGGAUCCGCGCUUCGAUGCAGCUGUCAUGGGAUAUUCGGGUAAAGGGAAAAACCCAGAACUCGCGGACAAGGCGUAUGCUUUCCUGGAUGACUAUAGGUUGUCCGAAUUGAAGGAGAUGAAGGCUGAGAUGGCGCGGACGAAGGACCCAAGGCAGAAGGAGGCGUUAAAGAAGCAGAUAUUGUCCGCGAGUGAUCGGAUGAAGAGUAUGGAAAAUCGGAAGAGGGAGAGGAAUGUGCAGAUGGAGCAUAAGCAGAAGGAGAAGCAGAUGUUGAGGGAGGGCAAGAAGAGUACGCCUUAUUUCUUGAAGAAUUCGGAUUUGAAGAAGCAGGUUAUGCAGAAGAAAUACGAGGAGAUGGGAUCGAGGGAUCGGGCUAGGGCUUUGGAGCGGAGGAGGAAGAAGAUUUCGUCUAAGGAGAAGAAGGAGAUGCCUUGGGAGAGAAGGGGGGCUGAGGAUUCCGGGUCUGGGUUUGGAGGUGGCGGUGGUGGUGGACCUCGUAAGCGCAGACGGCUUGAUUAG